AUGACGACCAACGACACCGGCUCGCAGGAAAUCUCACGCAUCAGCAUUCGCCCUCCAAAGUUUAGCAAGGAAAAACCGCUAAUCUGGUUAAUACAAAUGGAAGCGCAAUUCGCGACAAACGGAAUCACACAAGACCUCACAAAAUACUCUCACGCGUUACAAUCUUUCGACGCGGACGUCAUAUCCGAGGUGAGUGAACUUGUUACAAACCCGCCGGCAAACGGAAAAUACGAAGCGCUUAAGACUCGUAUCCUCGCCGAGUUUCAGGACAGCGAAGAAAAACGACUAAAAACGCUGCUGAACCAAACUGUACUUGGCGAUCAACGUCCCUCACGCCUGCUGCGUCAUAUGAAAGACCUCGCAGAAGACAGAAUGUCUGACGAUCUAUUCAAAUCUAUCUGGUUGCAACGUCUGCCAACAAAUAUGCAGACUGUCCUCUCGGCCAGCGGAGAUACCUUAACGUUGGACAAGCUAACUGCAAUGGCAGACAAGAUUUAUGAUAUAACAACACCCAGCUCAUCCGUUUUGCAGGUUGCUGAAGCAACCGCUAGCACCUCGUCGCGAGAAGGCGAGCUCUGUGAAAUUGUCAAAAAGCUUGAUCAACUCUUAUCCAGAAGGCAGAGAUCAAGCCCACGUCGCCGAGGAAGAUCACGUACCGGAUCACGCUCAAGAUCAUCCUCAGCUAACACGAAAUACUGCUGGUACCACAGAUGUUUCGGCCGGAACGCCAAAAAGUGUUCCGCACCUUGCAGCUGGGACAACAAGAAGGAAGACAAGAAAAAACAAGAGGAAAACUAA